CGGCAACUGCUUCUCCUCCCCCUGUUUUUCCUCCCUCCUCCACCGGCCGCCCCCAAGUUAGCAAAGUCCCUUGACUCUUAGACCUAACGGGAAAAGCAGCGAGCGGGGUGGGGGGAGAAAGCGCCGUUUCCUAUCCGAGCUGUUUCUCUCGAGGGUGGGGGAGGCGCGGUGUGUGGACAGAAGAGCCGUCCGGGGGAGAGCCGAGGGCGGCGUGGAGAAGAGCCGUCCGGGAACUUUGGAAGAACCAAGGGAAGCGUGUAGAGGGCGGUGCUGGGAAGAGCCUGCCGAGAACCGGAGGGCGGUGCUCAGAAGAGCGAGGAAAAGCUGCAGCGGGAGGUGCCCGGAAGAGUUCCGUUUCCUCGUUUUCUUCUCAGUCUCGGGACGGGGCGAGGCGGCGGCGGCGACGAGAACCAACAGGCGAGGCGAGGGAGCCGUCAUUAAAAAACUGACCGGCCGACUGACCACCAGCAGGUUGAGGGGAAACGACCGACAACAAGUCUUCGUCCCAACCACCUCCGGGCCUGGGGGGGACUCUGGGGUCGUCGCCGCCGCAGAAAUGUCUUCCAUUAAUGCAGGAAAUGUUAACUUCAAAUGGGAUCCUAAAAGCCUGGAGAUAAGGACACUGGCAGUUGAAAGGCUGCUAGAACCUCUUGUUACACAGGUUACAACACUGGUCAAUACCAGUAAUAAGGGUCCUUCCAACAAAAAAAGAGGUCGAUCUAAAAAAGCACAUGUUCUAGCUGCAUCAGUAGAGCAAGCAACAGAAAACUUCUUAGAGAAGGGGGACAAAAUUGCAAAAGAGAGCCAGUUUCUUAAAGAAGAGCUGGUAGCAGCUGUGGAAGAUGUCCGUAAACAAGGAGACUUGAUGAAGAGUGCCUCUGGAGAAUUUGCUGAUGACCCAUGUUCUUCUGUGAAAAGAGGGAACAUGGUGAGGGCAGCCCGUGCUCUCCUGUCAGCAGUUACCCGGCUGCUUAUUUUGGCUGAUAUGGCAGAUGUGUACAAGCUGCUUGUUCAACUCAAAGUUGUAGAAGAAGGCAUCCUAAAAUUAAGAAAUGCUGGUACUGAACAAGAUCUAGGAAUACAGUAUAAAGCUCUUAAACCAGAAGUGGAUAAGCUUAAUAUAAUGGCAGGCAAGAGGCAGCAGGAGUUAAAAGACAUUGGCCACCGUGAUCAGAUGGCUGCAGCCAGAGGCAUUCUUCAGAAAAACAUUCCUAUACUUUACACAGCUUCUCAAGCAUGUCUCCAGCACCCAGAUGUAGCUGCUUACAAAGCCAAUAGGGACUUGAUCUACAAGCAGUUGCAGCAAGCAGUCACAGGAAUCUCUAAUGCAGCCCAAGCAACAGCUUCUGAUGACUCUGUCCAACAUCAGGGUGGUGGUGGAGAAUUGGCUUAUGCACUUAACAACUUCGAUAAACAAAUUAUUGUGGAUCCUUUGAACUUCAGUGAGGAGCGUUUCAGGCCUUCCCUGGAAGAGCGCCUGGAGAGCAUCAUUAGUGGUGCAGCCCUAAUGGCUGACUCAUCCUGCACACGUGAUGACCGACGGGAACGCAUAGUUGCAGAGUGUAAUGCAGUGCGACAGGCCUUGCAAGAUCUCCUUUCAGAAUACAUGGGGAAUGCUGGACGCAGAGAAAGAAGUGAUGCUCUAAACUUGGCAAUAGAUAAAAUGACAAAAAAGACAAGGGAUUUGCGUAGACAGCUUCGCAAAGCUGUUAUGGACCAUGUUUCAGAUUCCUUUUUGGAAACAAAUGUACCACUUCUAGUUCUUAUUGAAGCUGCCAAGAAUGGCAAUGAAAAAGAAGUUAAGGAAUAUGCCCAGGUUUUCCGUGAACAUGCCAACAAGCUGAUUGAGGUUGCCAACUUGGCCUGUUCUAUCUCAAAUAAUGAAGAGGGUGUGAAAUUAGUUCACAUGUCAGCAAGCCAGCUUGAAGCACUCUGCCCUCAGGUAAUCAAUGCAGCAUUAGCUUUGGCUGCCAAGCCACAAAGCAAGCUAGCUCAAGAAAACAUGGACAUGUUUAAAGAACAGUGGGAAAAACAAGUACGUGUGCUGACAGAUGCUGUGGAUGACAUUACUUCCAUUGAUGACUUCCUAGCAGUAUCAGAGAAUCAUAUUCUAGAAGAUGUAAACAAAUGUGUGAUUGCUCUCCAAGAAAAAGAUGUUGAUGGCUUAGAUCGCACUGCUGGUGCAAUUCGUGGUCGUGCUGCAAGAGUAAUUCAUGUUGUCACUUCUGAAAUGGAUAAUUAUGAACCUGGAGUGUAUACCGAAAAGGUGUUGGAAGCAACAAAGCUAUUGUCAAACACAGUUAUGCCGCGUUUUAGUGAACAAGUAGAAGCUGCUGUUGAAGCACUGAGUUCUGACCCUGCUCAGGCAGUGGAUGAAAAUGAAUUUAUUGAUGCUUCACGAUUGGUAUAUGAUGGAAUUCGUGACAUCAGGAAAGCUGUAUUGAUGAUCAGAACUCCUGAAGAAUUGGAUGAUUCAGAUUUUGAGACAGAAGACUUUGAUGUCAGAAGCAGGACAAGUGUUCAGACUGAAGAUGAUCAACUUAUUGCUGGCCAGAGUGCAAGGGCUAUCAUGGCUCAACUCCCUCAAGAGCAAAAAGCCAAAAUUGCUGAACAGGUUGCCAGUUUCCAGGAAGAAAAGAGUAAACUGGAUGCUGAAGUGUCCAAGUGGGAUGACAGCGGUAAUGACAUUAUUGUUCUGGCAAAACAAAUGUGCAUGAUUAUGAUGGAAAUGACAGACUUCACCAGAGGUAAAGGGCCACUGAAAAAUACUUCUGAUGUGAUUAGUGCAGCAAAAAAAAUUGCAGAAGCUGGUUCAAGAAUGGACAAGCUGGGAAGAACUAUUGCUGAUCAUUGCCCAGAUUCUGCUUGCAAGCAGGACCUGCUGGCAUAUCUGCAGCGUAUUGCUUUAUACUGCCACCAGUUGAACAUCUGUAGCAAAGUGAAGGCAGAAGUUCAAAACCUUGGAGGAGAACUCGUUGUGUCUGGGGUGGAUAGUGCCAUGUCUUUGAUUCAAGCUGCAAAGAACCUGAUGAAUGCUGUGGUACAAACAGUGAAGGCUUCCUACGUGGCCUCCACUAAGUACCAGAAGUCUCAGGGGAUGGCUUCUCUGAACCUUCCAGCAGUGUCUUGGAAAAUGAAAGCUCCUGAGAAGAAACCGCUUGUCAAGCGAGAGAAACAAGAUGAAACACAGACGAAAAUCAAGCGAGCCUCCCAGAAGAAGCAUGUUAACCCAGUGCAAGCACUCAGUGAAUUCAAGGCAAUGGAGAGCAUUUAAACAGAGGGAAUAUUCUGGGUUUUAUUAUUACUGCUUUCAGAAUUUCUUCCAAUACUCUGUGAAUUAUGUUAUAAUUCAUUUACUUAAUAUUUUAAUAAAGUCAUUUAGAGUAAGAGGAAAUAAACAGAUUUAUGAAGCAUGACAAUACAUCUUUAAAUCAGCAGACAUGUUAAUUUUAGUAUGGAAAUGCUGUUUAGAAUGCUGUUGCAUUUUUCUAGCUGACUUUUUAAAAAGUAUUAAAUUCUGAUUUAAAUCUAUUUUGUAACCAAAGGUGAAUUUGCAGUAACAUUGAUCCUUCACAUAGCUGGACAGUGUUGUUACUUUUUAAGAGAAGUGAGCAUUCUCCACAUUAAAAUAGGAUGGUUUUAUUAAAGUAUAUAUUGCUUUGAGUGGGUAGGUCAUUGUAUGUUGAAAGAAUUGGUAAAGUGGAAGAAGCUAGAUGCUGCUUGUAACAUUGAGACAACACUAGGAAACAGUUUUGAGAAAGUAAUACUGUACUCUGUACCAUUCCUUUUUAAUUUAAACAGCUUUUGCCCUGCUUUCUUUAUCUGAAAUGGGACACAUUGAUGCAUUUCUCUUGACUUUCUGGAAUCCAGGUUGCUUUUAAUGAUGUGCAUGUUAGAAAUGGCUACACAUAGAGGAGGUGACUUAUUGCCACCCUAGCGUUUCUGAAAUACUUUUCAGUAGAUCUCUUAUAAGGGUUUCCAUGGAAGCCUGUAUGUAGAAAGACAAUCUAGAAAAAAACUUGGUGUGUAAAUGCAUCAUGAAGACUGUGUUGUUUGAAAGAAUAAAAUGUUUCGUUUAGUUGCAAAUUACUGAUCUACUUUGCCACAAGACUAAUAAAAGUUGCUUUUACCAGGCAGUGCUGUAAAUGUUGCAUGUUUUCUCUCAGCAUUCUAUGCAAAUCCAUCAUUG